AUGGCGGGGCUGAGGAGGGGCAUUCGUUGGUGGGCUGCGGCGGCUGUGCUAACAUGCGUUGUGAUGUUGAUAAUGCCGCCGGAGGUGUCGGCGGUUCGCUACAUUGUGGGAGGUAACAUGGGCUGGACUACAAAUGUGAACUACACCGUUUGGGCUCAGGGAAAACAAUUCUAUCUUGGCGAUUGGCUCUUUUUCGUGUAUGAUAGGAACCAGAUGAACGUGCUCGAGGUAAACAGUACGGAUUACGAUAAUUGUAUUUCCGAUCAUCCCCUUCACGAUUGGACUACUGGUGCUGGACGGGAAGUGGUUCCUCUAAAUGUGACAAAGACUCGCUACUUCAUCAGCGGCAAAGGAUUCUGCUUUGGAGGAGUGAAAGUAGCUAUUCAUGUGGAGAAACCCCCACCCCCACCAACAUAUUCGCCACAAAAAAGCGUCUCUCCUGGCUUGCUAAAUUCUUUUAGAGCUCAGAUUUUUGUGCCAGUUCUUUUUGCAGUAGCCGCAGCGUGGGAUUCGUUUCUUCUACGCUUAUAG